AUGCCCAAGUCCGGGCGCAAACCGCAAAAUGGCAUCUCCAAAUCCGAUCCGUACGCCGCCGCGGCAGCAAAGAAGGGGAAAGCGGCGCAUAGCAUCUUCAAAAUGAACACCGACCUCGGCCAGCACAUUCUCAAAAACCCCGGCGUGGCGCAAGCCAUCGUCGACAAGGCCGAUCUCAAGCAAUCCGAUAUUGUGCUUGAAGUCGGCCCGGGUACGGGCAACCUGACGACCCGCAUCCUGGAGAAAGCGAAGAAGGUCAUUGCCGUCGAGCAAGAUCCCCGCAUGGCGGCGGAACUCACCAAACGCUUCCAAGGCACGCCCGCGGCCAAGAGAUUGGAGCUGAUUGUCGGUGAUGUGAUUAAGCUGCCGCAACUGCCUUACUUCGACGUCUGCAUCUCCAAUACUCCUUACCAAAUCUCCUCGCCCCUCACCUUCAAACUCCUCGCCGCUUCACCGUCACCGAGGACGUGCGUGCUCAUGUUUCAGCGCGAAUUCGCUAUGCGCCUCUUCGCCAAACCCUCGGAUAAACUCUAUUCGCGCCUCAGUGUGAAUGCGCAGAUGUGGGCCAAAGUUGACCACGUGAUGAAAGUGGGACGCAACAAUUUCAACCCGCCUCCACAGGUCGAGUCAAACGUGGUGCGGCUAUCGCCUAAGCACCCACGACCGAAGAUCAGCUAUGAGGAAUGGGACGGACUGUUGCGGAUUGCGUUUGUGCGGAAGAAUCGGGUGCUGAGGAGUGCGUUUUUGGGGACGACGUCGGUGAUGGAGAUGCUGGAGGCGAAUUAUCGGACUUAUUGCGCGCAAAUGGGGAUUGCUGUUGAUGAUGGGCCGGUGGAGGAGGGGAUGGAUGGGAAGGUGGCGGAGCUGGUCAGGUCGAAGGUGGUCAAGGUGCUGGAGAAGGAUACCGGGUUCGCCGAAAGACGAGCGAGGUCAUGUGAUGAGGGGGACUUUUUGUUGCUGUUGCAUGCUUUCAACCAGGAAGGCAUCCACUUUAGCUGAUCGACGCACGUAACGUAUGAGAAAUGAAAUCGUGAUGAUGGCAGC